AUGUUGGCUGCCGCAUUCUGUCUUGUUGAUGCCGCCAGGACGUACGCCGGUUUGUCGUCGACGUAUGGUGGUCCUGACGGCGUCAACGCCACCUCUGGCAACUGUGCUCCCAUGCAUCCCUUGCCCAACGCGACUCUGUAUCACGUCGCCAUGAACGACAAACAGUACAACAGCGGAUUGCACUGCGGUCGUUGCGUCCAAAUUGAGUGCAAGGACCCGCGAUGUACGUCCAAUCGAACGGUUCUUGCGCAGGUGACGGAUCGGUGCCCCGAGUGCAAGUUUGGCGACUUGGACUUGACGCUGCCGCUCUUUAACGAGCUCACAGGGCACUUCACAGACAAGUACAAGAUCGAGUGGCAGUUUGUGGACUGCCCAACGAAUGGUGGGAUCGUCGUGUGUGCGAAGGAAGGAAGCUCCAAGUUUUGGCUGUACGUCCAGCCAAUGAACACGGUGUCGGGGGUGAAGGAAAUGAAGGUGAACGGCGGCGCCGCGCCACCGUUUCUCCCGUGCUUCUACUUCAUGACGACCAAACUCGGCGUCGAACUCGAAGAGACCGAAGUGGAAAUGACGUCGUGGGCUGGCGAAACCAUCAAGACCAAAGUUGCCCUCAAGGCAGCGGCAUGCACCCAAAUUACCCAACAGUUUACAAGAGGGCUUCCGCCGCUGGAUCCCCCCGGGCCCACAUCAGGCACAAUAUCAUUCCAUGCCUCGAUGUUAUCGCUGGCGGUGACGCUCAUUCGUCUGGCGCGUCUCGAAUGA